CCUCUGUCUGUACACGGACGCGCUGCAACCUUUUCGCUUCCUUCCAGCUAGCCAGGACUUCAUCUUCCCGAUGGAUCCUUUCUACCUGCCUAGUAACCUAGAUAGGUAGCAAGUGUUUGUGGUCUCUGGCUCUCUGCUGUGUUCGUAAGUCGGCCCCAUUUACCGGGACGCUACGCCGGCGCUUCUUUCGGCUUUCCGCCCUUUUACGGGGAUACAGCACCGCCCUAUCUGGCGUGUCCUUUUUCUCGCCUUACCUACUUUGCUUUGCGUAUGUCCCUUCAUCACCUUGCUUCGCCUUGCCUUGCUCUCCCACAGGCAAAACACACGGCCUUUUCCUACAUCACUACGGCCUAACCUCAACUCAUCUCUGCACUCUCUGAUUCCUGUUGUUACAAUAGUGACGCUGUCUUCGUCGAUCCCACCAACUCUAUACGACGGCUUCAGUCCUGCCCAACACAGCCUUCAUUGUCUGCAGCUCUUAGCCACCUACGAAUUCUUGUGCUUGCACUCACCCGGCUCUCGAAAUCCGCACGCUCCCGCCAGCCACGACAGAUCCAGCAGGAAACGCGCCACCACAACCACAUCUAGAUUCGAGGGGCCAAUGAAAACCUCUAUGGCCGAGCCGCUGUGGUGAAUCCGGGCCGCCAUUUAGGGGAUCCGUCUGGGAUCAGCCCAAUCUUGCCUGCCUCUUCUAGUUGCGAAACUAGCCUCGACAGCCGUUCCCGAGCGCACCCCCCUCUGCAUUUGCGCGCUUGCGGGGGGUACGGUACACACUGAGACUGCCACGGCCUAGACAGAAAGCGACCAAGCCUCGCCCUCUCAAGAAUGGACAGACGGCACCCGGGCGACGCCCCAUCACGCCAGCAUCAUGAAGACGAAGACCCCGCCCCGAGUCCCUUGCCGAGCUCCCUCUCCUUCGACGACCACGGCCGCAACGAUUCUCAUGACCUCCCCGACCCGUCAGUAAACCCGGCGCACCGUCCAGCCCAGCGAAUACUGCCGAGACGAGCCGUCACCGAACCCAUGGGUAGCAAAGGCGCCCUCGACGGCGGCCACGUCCGCUUCUCGGACGAGCUGCCUCGCGACGCCGUGCGCGGCUUUGAUCCGGCCUCGUCCCAUCCAAAUCUGAGCAACCCCGGACUUUACACGAUUCCUUCAAGGGGCGACCUAGAAUCCCACACCACGCCCGAGCCAUCAUCCUCGCGCCCCCGCCCCAACAGCGACCAGAGCUCUGCCCAGCCUUCGGAUGCCGACCUCAAGUACCCCGUAUACCGGCCAGAGCCGACCAAAAGGACGAAAUGGCGUGUCGCGAAGGAGUCGAUGAGCGAACGGCUCAAGAAGGCCUAUGAGCUCUACUUCCUCCAGGGCUUAUUGCGCCAGAAGCCGCUGCCCCCGAGUGCCGAUGGCCGACAUAUCCCACUCGAUAUGUCGAGAAGCCGAAGCGAUGCUCUCAUCGAUGAGCGCACCAAGAAGCCGUACCGCAGCAAUUUCAUCCGGUCCAGCCGAUACACCAUAUGGAGCUUCUUGCCGAAGCAGCUCUUGUUCCAGUUCAGCAAGAUGGGCAAUUUCUACUUCCUGGUCGUUGGUAUCAUUCAGGCCAUACCGGGACUCAGCACUACGGGACAGUGGACCACAAUCGCGCCUCUCGCCGUCUUCGUAUCGCUAUCGAUGGCGAAGGAAGGCUAUGACGACUACCGCCGCUAUCUCCUGGCCAAGACCGAGAAUCUGAGCCGCACCUGGGUUCUGGGCGAACGAUCGAAGAAGGCGACGGCGAGGAUGAAGAGUCGCAAGGGAGUCGAGCUGUCCGAGCCUUCGGAUGAGGGGUGGACCGAGAUUGAAUGGCAAGACCUUAAGGUUGGCGACGUGGUCAAGCUUCGCCGCGACGAGGACAUUCCCGCCGACAUUGUCCUGCUGCACGCAACCGGGCCCAAUGGGACGGCCUACAUCGAGACAAUGGCUUUGGAUGGGGAGACGAAUCUCAAAGCGAAGAGGGCCGCCACGAUUCUGGCCGAGAGAUGCCAAACCGUCGAGGGAAUCAAGUCUUGCCAGGCGACUAUCGUCUCCGAGGACCCCAAUCUGGACCUCUAUAGAUACGACGGCCGCGUGACCGUCAAGGAGGAGACCCUACCGCUGUCGCUCGACAACGUCAUCUAUCGCGGUUCUACAGUUCGCAACACAACAGAAGCGAUUGGCAUUGUAGUCAACACGGGCGAGGAGUGCAAGAUUAGGAUGAACGCGCACAAACACGUGCGCACCAAGGCGCCCGCCAUGCAGCGCGUGCUCAACCGGAUCGUCAUCUGGCUUAUCUUUGUGCUCCUUGCGCUGAGCAGUGGCCUGACCUUGGGCCACUAUCUUUGGAGAGACCCCGUUGAGGAGGGGGCGUGGUAUCUCAUGGGUGACAACAUCAGCCUGAGGAACAUCUUCAUUGCUUUCAUCCUAAUGUUCAACACCCUCAUCCCGCUCUCGCUGUAUAUCAGCUUGGAAAUCAUUAAGAUCAUCCAGUUCUAUAUGAUGGGAGACGUCGAAAUGUACGACCCGGUCACGAACACGCCAAUGGUUGCCAACACCACAACAAUUUUGGAGGAUCUUGGCCAGGUCAACUACGUCUUCUCGGACAAGACAGGCACACUGACCGAAAAUGUCAUGCGCUUCCGGAAGAUAAGCGUCGCAGGUACCGCUUGGCUACACGAUAUGGAUAUCGAACGGGACGAGCAGGCCAAGCAGAAGCUCAUUGAAAUGGCCCGAAAGAAGCGCAAGGGCAAGGGAAAGGACAAGAACCGUGACAGGGCUGCAGGCGAUAACGACGCCAAUCCGUUUCAGCCGCAGCCGGCCCAAAGGCGUCAGUCCCUUAGUUCCUACGGGCGAGGACGAUCCGCCAGCAGGGCUCCUCAAGAUGAACCCGAGCUCAAGACCGAGGAUCUUCUUGACUAUCUGCGGCGCAAGCCCGAUACUGCAUUCUCAAAAAAGGCCAAACAGUUCCUGCUCUGCAUCGCUCUCUGCCAUACUUGCUUGCCGGAAGUCAAAGAAGAUGGAGAAAUCGAAUACCAAGCUGCCUCUCCUGAUGAGCUGGCCCUGGUCGAAGCAGCACGCGAUCUGGGGUACCUUCUCGUCGAUCGGCCCGCACAGUCGGUCAUUUUGCAACUCCCCGGAGCCGAUGGGACCGUGGAGAAGGAAACGUACCAGGUUCUUGAUGUGAUCGAGUUCAGUAGUCAGAGAAAGAGGAUGUCCAUCAUCAUCCGUAUGCCUGACGGCAAGGUCUGCGUGUUUUGCAAAGGCGCCGACAACGUCAUUUUGCCUCGUCUCAAGCUCAGUGGCUUGGCCUUACAAAAGGCAAACGACGUGAAUCGGAGAGCCUCAGUCCGCAGGAGUAUCGAGAGGGAAAAGGCCCAGCAGCGUCUGAGUACUAGCGGCACGCCUCGUAGUAGUUUCAUGCUUGGAAGAACGUCAAUGUCGGAUCGUCGCAACAUGAUGAACCAGAGAAUCUCUGGCGACAUGUACAGGCGGUCGAGUAUCGUCCAUGACGGUCCUGAAGAGUGGUCCCCGCGCAGAGGGUCGGCGGAUGUUGUCUCCUCUGCCAGCGUUCACGACAUGUGGGCGUCCCCCCGUCACAGCAUGGCGAUGUCCGCGACCGAGGCCGAGGUCGACGAGUUUGUUGACGAGACGAUUGCGCUGAACGAGGGCACGGUGCUCGAGCGAUGUUUCCAGCAUAUCAAUGAUUUCGCCUCCGAUGGCCUGCGAACCUUGCUAUACGGCUACAGGUACAUCAGCGAAGACGACUACAACUCCUGGAGGAAGAUUUACCAGGCCGCCACCACCAGUCUUGAUAACCGACAGGAGAAGAUCGAAGCCGCCGGCGAGCUGAUUGAGGACAAGUUCGAUCUAGCUGGGGCUACGGCCAUUGAGGAUCGUCUGCAAGAGGGAGUGCCGGACACCAUUGACAAGCUACGCCGCGCCGGGAUCAAGGUAUGGAUGUUGACGGGAGACAAACGCGAGACUGCUAUCAACAUCGGCCACUCGGCCGGCUUGUGCAAGCCAUUUUCAGAAGUCUUCAUCCUGGACGCCACGAUGGGCAACCUACGAGAGUCGAUCCUGUCGACCCUCGGCGAGGUUGCACGAGGCAUGGCUCCUCACUCGGUAGUGGUGGUCGAUGGCCAGACUUUGGGCGUCAUCGAAGGAGACGAGGACCUCAGCUUUCUCUUCUUCGAUCUCGUGGUCAGAGUCGACUCGGUCAUCUGUUGCCGUGCCUCUCCUUCGCAAAAGGCUUCUCUUGUGAAGCGCAUCCGCCGGCAAGUGCCACACUCGCUGACCUUGGCCAUUGGAGACGGAGCCAACGACAUCGGCAUGAUCCAAGCGUCCCAUGUUGGCAUUGGUAUCUCGGGUCGGGAGGGCCUCCAGGCCGCUCGUAUUUCCGACUACGCCAUUGCGCAGUUCCGCUUCCUGCAGCGUCUGCUGUUUGUCCACGGCCGCUGGAACUACCUGCGAACCGGGAAGUACAUCCUCGCCACGUUCUGGAAAGAAGUUGUCUUCUUCCUGCCGCAAGCGUACUUCCAGCGCUACACGGGAUACACUGGAACCUCUCUGUAUGAAAACUGGAGUUUGACCGUAUUCAAUACCUUCUUCACUUCACUGGCGGUGAUCCUGCUGGGCGGGUUGGAGAAGGACCUACAGGCCAAGACGCUCCUCGAAUUCCCCGAAUUGUAUACGUACGGCCACAAGAACAGGGCAUUCAAUGUCAAGCUUUAUAUCGACUGGACGUUUCUGGGCUUGAUUGAGUCACUGGUCAUUUUCUGGGUGACGUGGGCCGUCUACAACUCCCUGCCGUUCGACCAGGACACAUCCCUCUACGCCAUGGGCACCGUUCCCUUUACCGUAUGCGUGGUGUUCAUCAACAUAAAGCUGAUGGUUCUUGAGAUGGAGAACAAAAACGUCAUCAUCUUGAUUGGGUUUCUUCUCUCCGUCGGUGGCUGGUUCCUCUGGAAUAUCAUCCUCUCAGCCGCCUUCCAGAACGUGAUGCGCAUAUACCAGAUUCGUCAUGCUUUCCUGCAGAACUUUGGCAGGACGUUGAGUUUCUGGACCACGAUCCUCCUUGCGCUGGCGGCCGUUAUCUGCCUCGAGCUUGUUGUCGACGCCAUACGCCGUGUCUACUGGCCCCGUGAUGUGGACCUGAUGCAGCGUCUGGAAAGGAAGGGACUCAAUGAGAACGAUAGGGAAACCGGACAGGGAGCCGCUUCAGGAACGGUACUGGAAGUCAUUGGGAGUAGGACGAAAUCAGCAGUUGGUCAUGAUGAGGAGGUACAGCCAUUCACCUUAGAUGUUGCACCUAGGCCGAGCCAUGCCACAAGCCGUCCAUCGUUCCACCAGACAAGACAUUCAAGGAUGUCGAGGGAGGAGUAUGGCCCCAGCUCUUUCACACCCCCGGCUGGAAAGGGUAGUGGGAUGUUGGAGGCGGAGCAAGAUGCGUCAAAGCCGUCUAGGAAACCACAGUUCUCUCUUACGACAAGGUGGCUACGUAACGCAAAGGGUUCCCGUGUGGACGGGUCCAUUGAGUUGCAGUCCACCAAGAGAUAAGGGGGGUUCGAGGCGCCUGCGUGUGACCCGAAGUCUCCCAUAACACCUCACUCAAAGGAGUUGUUGUGACCCUGACACAAUGGAGAUGAUUGUGUUCUGCACAUACAGCCAGCUUCAUGUAGGAACAUUUCCAGCUUUUGUGGCAAAUCUGGAAAGGCUCCUUUUGUUCUUCGUUUUGUUCUCUAUCUUCUUGAUACCACAC